AUGGCUGCGUUGAUUCUUGCGCGCCUUGUGCACAAUGUUAAAGAGGCUCUAGGUGACCUAGUAGAGGUAGGAAGGCAGCUAUACUGGUCAGACAGCAUGACAGUGUUAUACUGGUUAGAAAACAAAGGCGAAUGGAAACAGUUCGUGCGACACCGAGUGGAUGAGAUCUUGCGCCUAACCGAAGAAGGUGAGUGGAAACACUGGUCACGAGGUGCCCUAGCCUCUAAGCUUAAGAGCAGUACGCUAUGGUGGAACGGACCAUCAUGGCUCUCCGAGACCGAGAAAGGAUGGCCUAAAACUGAGAUAAGGAAAACCACUGCUGGGGCUGAGGAAGAGAAGAGUACAGUAUGUAUGGUUGUCAAUAACGAGAGACAGGCUGAAGACAUCUCUGCAGUGAUUGAUAUCAACAGGUUUUGUGAUUGCGGUAAGUUGUUCAGAGUGACUGCGUACGUCCACAGGUUUGUACACAAUGUUAAAACGGACAAGGCACACAGGAAGACCGGUCGACUGUCGAGUGGAGAGAUUGAUAGCGCAGAGCUGCUGUGGAUUAAGUCAGCACAGUUAGAUGUGAAUGAAGGAAAGGGAUAUAAGCAACUAACCCACCAGCUAGGAUUAGUAGAAGUGUCAGGACUGCUUAGAUGCCGAGGGAGACUGGGUAAUUCUGAGCUCGAGGCAGAUGCUCGGAUGCCUAUAAUACUACCUAGACAACAUAGGUUGACAGAGAUGCUCAUAUUAGACUGUCACAGAAAGUUCCAUCACUGUGGCGUUAGAGGUACUUUAACUCAGUUACGGACGAGGUACUGGGUGCCACAAGGGAGACAAGUAGUGAAAGGACUCCUUCGUAGGUCUGUCACGUGUAGAAGAUUAGAGGGAAGGGCCUACGCGGCACCUCCAGAGGCAGACUUGCCAGACUUUAGAGUGCGACAUGCAGAACCAUUCUCUAAGGUGGGAGUAGAUUUCGCAGGCCCACUCUAUUACAAAGGUAAUACAGGGAUGCAGAAAGCUUAUGUAGCGCUUUUCUCGUGCUGUGUGACGCGAGCCUUGCACUUAGAUUUAGUGGAAGAUUUAGAGGAAACCACCUUUAGAAGGUGCCUUAGGCGGUUUGCAGCUAGAAGAGGAGCUCCGACUCUGAUAGUGUCAGACAACGCCAAGACAUUCAAAGUCACAGCCCAGGCAUUACAGAGGUUGUAUGAUCACCCAGAAGUACAGGCUUACCUAGAGACCCACAGAAUAACAUGGAGGUUUAAUCUAGAGAAGGCCCCAUGGUGGGGAGGGUUUUACGAAAGGAUGGUUGGUAGCGUUAAGAGAUGUUUGAGGAAGACCCUUGGUGAAGCUCGGCUGACAUUUGACGAGCUACUGACAGUUUUAAUUGAAGUAGAGAGCACCCUUUAUGACAGGCCACUGACAUACGUGUACAAUGAGAUAGGAGACGAGGCACUUACGCCAGCCCAUCUUAUGUAUGGUAGACGCUUACAUAGUUUGCCCGAUGAGGUAGUAGAACCGGAUGAUGUUCGUGAUGGAGACCACAAUAGUAGGAUCAAGUAUCUCAGUGCUAAGCUGUCUCAUUUCUGGAAGAGAUGGAGUGGAGAGUACUUGACCAGUCUAAGGGAAUUCCACUGUGCUCAUCGAGAUAACGAGCACAGGGAGACCGUGCAAGUGGGAGACGUAGUGACCGUGCAUGACGACGGUAGUAAGCGGAACCAGUGGAAAAUAGCCGUAGUGGAGCAGUUGAUUAAAGGUAGAGAUGACAUAGUGAGAGGAGCUAGAGUAAGACUUGUUACGAAAGGCAAGCCGCAACGGCUAGACCGACCAGUCCAGCGACUGUACCCCAUAGAGGUUAGAUGCGCAGACGCAACACAUGGCACGCGAGCAAACAGCGGAGGGAAUGUGCAAGCCAGAGCCCGGUCUACGCGAGCAGCAGCGUUGCGCGCGCGGGAUAAGAUAGCGAUCGGGGCUGUGCUUGACUAAUAGAAGUCAAGGGGGGGAGUGUGUUCCGGAAGUUGAGCUCCUGAAGUAAUUACAUAGUCACUUACGUAGUUGUAGUUAAUUAUUCAUUGAUUGUAAUUGAUUGUUAUUUGAUACUCAUGGUAUAUAAGAACGGACAUGCAUUAGAUCGGGGGGGGGGGGGUUGUGAAAGAGAUUGUUAAGAGAGAUUGCUACGAGAUUGUUACCGAAUAUCGAAGAGAUUGUGAAGAAUAAAGAAGAGAAAACGGA